GCCGUGUCCUCGCCUUCCCGGUUCCGACUGACAUGAUGACAUUGCGCGCCCUUGCGAGGUGGAGGCCACAUGCGUGUCGAUAGCUUCAUGCUCAUAGUGGAAGACUGAUCAGUAGACGAUAUCAUUUUCGAGUUGCAGUUUGAGACGGCGUGAGAAAUCCGUUGAACAGAUGUUAAAAGAGAGACAGAGUUGCACUCCUGGUCUAGCAGUUUAUCGAUUGAAAACCGCCGAUCAAUUUGACCCCGCAUAAUUACGACCAAAAAGACUGAACCCUCAUCAUCAACAACAACAAUACCAAAACCAAUUUCACAAUGGCCAGCCUCAAAGACUUCCGCGUCCUAACCUUCGACGUCUACGGCACCCUCAUCGACUGGGAAACAAGCGCCCUAAUAGCCCUCCAACCACUUCUAGAAGCAAACAACCGCGUCGGAGACUUCACCCGCAAGCACCUCCUAGACAUCUACCACGAAUGCGAAGCCGCGCAGCAGGCCAAAACCCCAGACCUCCCCUACGCCCAGCUCCUCACCACAAUCCACCCCCAAAUCGCCGCCAAACUCGGCCUGACAUCCCCGCCGCCGUCCGCAGAGGCCUCAAAGGCCUUUGGCGACUCCGUCGGCUCGUGGCCCGCGUUCCCGGACACGGUCGACGCACUCCGCCGGCUGGGCAAGUACUACAAGCUCGUGGUGCUCUCCAACGUCGACCGUACUUCGUUUGCACUCAGUAAUGCGGGACCGCUGGCGGGCGUGGCCUUUGAUUUGAUUGUUACGGCGCAGGAUGUCGGGUCGUAUAAGCCCGACCAGCGCAAUUUUACGUAUAUGCUCCGCGAGGUGAAGGAGAGGUUUGGGAUUGAGAAGGGACAGGUACUGCAGACGGCGCAGAGUCAGUUUCAUGAUCACCAUCCGGCCCAGGAGGCUGGUAUCAAGUCGUCUUGGAUUGUGAGGCCUGGGGCGGUUAUGGGGAAUAGGGAUCGCGAGGUGUUUGAUUGGAAGUUUGAUACGUUGGGGGAAAUGGCUGAUGCUCUUGAGAAGGAACUGGCUUGAAGUGGGAUAAUUCAUAUGCAACAAGUUCAUGGAGCCAUACUCUGCUUAGAUGCCUUGUUCGACGAGAAUUCCAUAUAAAAUAAAACUGUUGCUCCUUGGAUUUUAGCAUCUUGAACUUUUGUACCAUGGUGAAGCUGUAACAACGUGAGGUGUUCAUGAGAAUGAGCUUUAUACGUCAUUUUACUCCUCAGUCUGGCCGAACUUUCUUGCGUGCCCCAUUGGAAGCCACGGAAGCGAAGGUAGUUAGGUAUGGAACAUAUGUCAAGUAAGGUACCUUAUCUCAGCUACUGCAAGCAACGUCUCCAUUCCUCUGGAGGUAAGUCACUCAAAGACAAGACGAGAAACUUGCACGCCAAAAAGCAAAUUAAGAGAUACAAGUACGAUGCGC